AUGGGCGGCAAGCGACCGGGGGUGUACGGAACUAUGGGACACCCUGCAUCGAUCACAAUAGCUUUAUGGACUCCACCUAACAGGCAGAUUCGGAGAAAAAGUGAGAGUUGGGAGUAUUUUGCGAAGAGGGAGCUUCGAUUACGACGACCCCCGCUAGACCUCUUUGUGGAAGGACUCGAGGAGGAGUUACUCUUCUAUUUUAUCUUCAUCGAGUUCGAUGGCUCCACCGUCAGCUUGAAGAUCAUCCAUCCAUCCCAAUCCUCUCUUUUAUUCUGGACUCUGAGUCUGGAGGAGUCACGGAAUUCUGACUGGCUGACCAAAACCUGCAGCCGCAGCAGCAACAACAACAUCAACAAGAAUGGACAAGAACAACAGAUGGAGUUCGAGGAAAACGCCGAACCGAUUUGUUCAUCAUCCAUGGUCAACUCUCCUCCGAACCCGUCCUCGCCAGUGACUCGAUCGACUCGAUCGUCUCACGACUAG